ACUUGAUUUAACAAAUAGACUUCACAAGCUCUUCUUAUAUGGUGAUAUCAGGAUGUCCUGUGGAAGCUUGUUGGUUGAACGAUCCAAAAAAAUAGCUAGAAUAAAAGAGAUUGAUAAUGAAAACGAAGAAAGAAAGAGUUUGAUCCGGUUGGCGAUAUUCAAAGUUGCAUUAUUGAAUCAGAUUCCAGUUGGUGGUGAAGAAGCUAUCACCCGGGCAGCUAGUCCAUUUGAAGCCAACAAGACCAUCACCGAAAAGAAUCCAGAGUAUGAGGUGCUUAUAAGUAAGUUGAAACAACAAUUUUCUACCAAAGAAAAAUUACACGAAUCCAAAAUCGAUUCGUUGAACGCAGAGAUCACCAAAUUGAAGGAAGAGUUGAAGAAAGGUAAAGAGCCAAAUAAGUAUUCUUUGGGAAACAGGUUACCCAAAUUGCUGGGUAAGCUUAAAACAAGUCUUAGAAGUACGAUACAUGAUGAUGCCAAUAGUAUUCUAUCACCCAUAAGGGUAAAACAGCCAGUAGAAACAUUGAUUGGAAAACCGGUGAAGGGAGAGUUAUUCAGCUUAAAUGAAGGGAUCAAAGACAUUCUUCCACCCGAAAAGGACGUCGAGAGUUCAGCAAAGUCAACUUAUAUGAAAACUUUUGACUCUUCAUCCGAAUCUCCUCUGGGGACUCCAGGACUUGAACCCGACUUCACCAAGAACAAGAACAAAAAUAAAAGAAACGAAGAAGAUCCAAAGCCAAAGGAUAAUGCCGACAUCAGCGGUGAUCUCGAAGCUCCCGAGGCCAAUUCUACUUCUUUACUACACUCAUUUGCUAAUAACAGUGACCAUCCUUCCGAUAACGAAACUUUUGCCAGUGCCCAAAUGAACGUUUCGUCUGGAAAGUCCUCUAGAAAAUCUUCCGAUAAACGUCCAACUGAUCCACCUCCAUCCCACGGAAAGAAAAAAAGGAAACUUCAAAUUUUAAAGGCAAACGCAUCCAAAAUUCAAGUCUCCUCCUCUCUGGCCGCUAGCCAAGCAAGUCAAAUGAAUGAGGAACUUCAGUUAGAAGACGAUAUAAACUCAUUGAACUAUUAUCAUGAUGACAAUUUCAAAAAUGACCCUACUAGUCCUCAAGUGACAAAAGACACUACUGUCACGGCUGACACCACCACCGUGUUCAACCAGCUGCAACUGCAGAAGAAAAAGAAGAAGAACGUCUUCAAAAUAGACUAAUAUACCCUUUAUAUUCCACUAAAUACCGUAGAACAC